AUGUCUGCUGUUGGUUCUUUGAUCUUCUGUGUUUCUUGCGGUAAUCUCCUCGAUUCUGUUGAUGGGCAAUCCAAUAAAAUAACGUGCGGAGUGUGUCAAAGAAGUUACAGCGCCAAAGAUUUCUCGAAUUUAAAAGUCGUUACCAGAUCCCACGAUGAUGCUUUCCCUUCAUCUUUAAGAUUAAAGAAAUCUGCGGUCAAGACAUCGUUAUCUAAAAGUGAUCAAGAAGCAAACAACGGGGCCACCAUUAAAGAAACUUGUGAAAAGUGUGGUAAUGAAGAAAUGGUGUAUCAUACUUUGCAAUUAAGAUCGGCCGAUGAAGGGGCCACCGUCUUUUAUACUUGUACAAAUUGUGGUUAUAGAUAUAAGGUCAAUAACUGA